AUGCUGGGCUUCCGUGCACAUCUCUCUACCCAGGAUGCCCUCAUCCAGUUGCACAACGCCCUUAUCAAACCAGACAGUGGCAAAAACACCAAAGCUCUAUCGGGUCUGGACCUUCGCAACGUCUUCGACAACGUGAAGCACUCCUCCAUUGUCAGCAGUCUAGCCGCACUACAACCAGGAGAGUGCACAUACAAAUAUAUUAGUGCCUUUCUCUCCGACAGAACGGUUGAGCUAUCGGUGGGCUGCCUCACUUCCCAGCUGAUCAAACUCGGCGACCGUGGCAACCCUCAGGGAGCCGUUCUCUCACCAUUUCUCUUCAACCUCGCAAUAAGGUCACUACCCCUCAAGCUGGACGCAAUCCACACACUUUAUGCGGACGACAUGAUGCCAUGGACGGCCACCGGGUCCGACGGACAGAUCGAGGAGACUCUCCAGAGGGCCGCGGACGUAGUCAUCCAACAUGUGGGUGACGCACGCCUCGAGUUCACAAAGCAAGUCUGA